AUGAUUGUGAUCCGCUCCAGACCACUAAUGGAUCAGGGAGAACCGGGACUGCAGGGUCCGCCUGGUCCAGACGAGAUCGUGGAACCGCCUGAGGUUCAUUUCAUCAAAGGAGAGAAGGGUGACGCUUAUGAAGGUCUGGACGGUUACGUUGGAAACCCGGGACCCACGGGCCCUAAAGGCUACCAGGGGUCUCCAGGUCCUAAAGGCAUUGGGAUUCAAGGUCAAAAAGGGCUACGAGGGCCACCAGGAGACCCAGGUACGGAUGGUCCAUCAGGGUUUCCGGGACCUCCAGGUGUUCCAGGACCCCCUGGCCCACCGGGACCACCCGGGCUAGAGGGCACCUCUGGACCCACAGGACCAAAAGGAGAACGUGGAGAUGAUGGAGAAUACGGAGGUUACGUAUCUUCAGGUCCCCGAGGGUCGUCCGGUGAUCCAGGUGAUCAGGGUCCGCCUGGUGGCAGCUAUGUCGGCACGCCAGGCUUUUUUGGGCUGCCUGGGCCACCAGGGUUUAAAGGACCCAAGGGGGAAACCUUCUCAGGUACACCUGGAAUUCCUGGACCGCAAGGACUACCCGGAAGCUGUGGUCCGAAGGGUAGCCGUGGUCUAACAGGUCCUCCUGGAUUACCAGGAGAAUCUGGACCUCCUGGAUAUCCUGGAUGUAAGGGGCAAGAUGGGGACAACGGGGAUCCAGGUCCACCUGGAAUACUGGGACCCAGACUUGAACUUUGUAAUGUCUUACCAGACACACAAGGUCCUCCAGGGCUCGUACGACUGCCUGGACCGCCUGGACCACAGGGCAUCGGUGGUGCGAAAGGAGACAAGGGGUUGGUUGGUUUUCCUGGAAAUGGACCAAAAGGUCUUUCAGGACCACAUGGUCCACCUGGUCCUCCAGGCUCUCCUGGACCAUAUGGCUUAAGAGGAGAACCUGGUGAUCCAGGGAUGCCUGGGCUUCCUGGGACAAAAGACGGACCACCAGGACCUUCUGGAAAUCCAGCCAUACAAGGACCUCAAGGUAGAAGAGGAGUGAGGGGUGAUGAGGGAUCGACCGGUUCGGCCGGCGACAUUGGAUAUCAGGGGCCCAAAGGGAACGGUGGUGUAACCAUUGAUGAUGUUCUUCCAGGUGACAAAGGCGACUCCAGUGGGUAUCCAGGUCCGCCCGGACUCAAGGGCAUCAAGGGUGAAACUGGACGAACAGCUGAGAUCGGAUAUCCAGGAGAGCCUGGGGACCCAGGGCCUCCGGGGCUGAAGGGACAACCUGGUCCUCCUGGUUUUUCAGUUCCUCGUGGAGCACCAGGCCCCCUCGGGCCUCCAGGACAGAGUCCAGAUCCUUUGAUUUUGGGUCCUCGGGGUCCUCACGGACCUCCAGGGUUACCAGGACUGAAAGGUCCUCCAGGCCCACCAGGUCCAAAAGGAUAUCGAGGAGCAGCCGGUCUUGAGGGUCUGGACGGCCUUCCUGGUCCAAAAGGAGAGAAAGGUUGGAGAGGUUCAGAUCUCGUUGGUCUUCCUGGGUUCCGAGGUGAUCCAGGGCAUCCAGGUCCACCCGGUGAUCCUGGAAUCAAAGGCGCUUCGGGACCAGGAGCGAAGGGUCAGAGAGGACCUACAGGAGACCCAGGUCCUCGGGGCUUCUUAGGUGCACCAGGGGUUUCAGGAAGAUCCUGUGAUGUUUCACUUCCGGGACACAGGGGAGACCCGGGAUACCCAGGACCUCCAGGUAUCAUUCAGUCAGCUGUAGAAAUGAUGAAGAUACUGAGACAUGACCGGUCAUUCCUACAUGUGUGUCCAGGUCCGGCAGGUCUGACUGGACCUCCAGGUUUGCUCCUCCGUGGAGAUCCAGGAGACGAUGGUCCACCGGGACCUCCAGGACCCGCCGGUGUGAGGGGUCUGUCAGGGCCGCCAGGCUACCCAGGUUACCACGGACCACCGGGACCCAAAGAUUAG